UCAUGUUUCAAUGCUCGCAAUGUGAAAAGUCAUAUCAGAGGAAACCCCAUCUAUUGCGCCAUCAAUCCACCCGUAAAUUCCAAGGAACCCUGUUUCUUUCAUGGAUGGCUUGGACCAGCUAACGAAUUCCAGAUACUCGUCAACUUGCUUCCAGCUGCCCCUUUUCUACCAACAGAGAGGUCACUCGAAGGCACAGCAAAGUAUGCUCAAAAAGGCAUCACGAACCUCCGCCUGUCGCGGCAAAACCAGGCAGGAAAAGACAGUCAUGCGAUCUAUGCUUCUCGACAAAAGCCGUCUGUGACAAUAAUCUUCCAUGCAUGCGAUGCAUCCCCCUCGAGCGGGAGUGCAUUUUUACGAGCUAAGAGGCACCUCCGAUCGAUUUAG